AUGCUCAUCUACACUUACACACAGGGGUUUCACCACUAUUCGAUCCCCACUGCGACCAAAGUGGUGCAGCAACUCGCCAAGAAAGCUGACCCACCCAUUGACACGGUGCACUCGGACGAUCCGGACGACUUUGAAAAGAAAGGCUGGCUUUCGCAAUUUGACAUGCUCAUGUUUAUCUCGGUCUCUGGCAAAGCUCUCUCAGAUGACGGAGCGGAAGCGCUGCGCGAGUACAUCGAGGCAGGCGGAGGCUACCUAGGGGUACACGAGGCAUGCGAUGCGCUCUACAACUACCACUGGUACGGUCGUCUGGUGGGUGCCUACUUCAACUACCAUCCACAGAUCACACACGCCACACUCAACAUCAUCAACCGCACGCAUCCAGCCACAAAGCACCUCAACGCAACAUGGAGGGUGUACGACGAGAUGUACAACUAUAAUUCGAACCCGUCCAAGUGGGAUAAGCAGUACCUCAUCACUGCCGACCAGUCUUCGUAUGACGAUCCCGUUGAAACGAUUGCGCAGCGUGCAUCCGAGCAAGGCUCCCCGCAUCCGAUCGCGUGGUGGAAGGAGGGCGAUCAGCUGACUUACAAUCCUCAUGUCAAGGUCGGGGGCGGUACCGAUCCCACCAAGCAGGAGAUCCGCUUGGGAACAGCGGGCACCGGUGGACCUGGUCGAAGCUUCUACACGGCUUUGGGUCAUACCAAUGCGAUGUGGAACGACGAUGCUUUCCAGCAACACAUCAUGGGUGCCGUCAGCUGGUUGAUGGACUCGCCCGUGCUCAAGUCGUCGUCGGCCAACCCUCCCAAGGGUGCGGUUGGAUCUGACUAUGAUCCUCCAGCAGCAAAGCCAAGCUCGACCAGCUCCAGAGGGGCCAAUCGACCAAAUUCAGGUGCAGGCAUCUCGUCUACGAUUGUAUCAGGAACGCCAUUGCCUUACUCCAAGUCGGCGGUGUCGAAAAGCGGUGCGUCUACAACCACAUCACUGACGCUAUCGUCGUUAUCGGCUGUAGCAGUGGCGACGCUCUCAGCUUUACUCUUGCUCGUUCUGAGCUUAGCUGCGUGCUAA